GAGACGCUGGUUAUUUUUUCGACCUAGCUAGGUCGUGGUCUGACAGCUGCUACGUGUAUCUAGCCAGUAGCCACAGUUUUUAAUGUUUUAUUAUUACGUUUUUUAUAAAUUCGUGCGUUACUAAGGUCAAAGAGUUGUAGAUCCUUAUGGUCAAGAAAGGAGUGUGAAUUGUUGAAUUUGUUGUAAAAGUUAUUUCACUCUAUUCUGACUGAUGCAACAACAUGUCAACACAUGUCAAUCGUCCGCUAUUCUGGGUAAUCAGGAGGUACACCCGGGAACAUCUCCGACAAUGUAACGUUUUGAACAAGCGAACACUAGGACGAGUUUCCGGUGCUUCUGUCGGUUACAAACAGCACUCAACGGGAGAUAACACCUGUUAUGUCAACAAUGUACCCACCAUUUGGACCACAAGAGGAGGUGGCAGGGGCAGUGGCUCAGAUCGGACUACUCUCCUCAAGUCAGUCGCUGUUGGGUUGGGACUCGGUAGUGCGGCAGUUCUGCAUUUCAGAGGGGAUGAGGAGAACGUUUGUGAGAGGAGAGCUUUACUUUGUGGUUCGAUCCUAGAACGUGUCUUGUCAACAGCUCACUGUGCCUCCCCUUUCAAACCCGACAGUCCACGAUUCAAGUACAACUUCAUUGCGGAUGUGGUCGAAAAAUCUACGCCCGCUGUCGUGUAUAUUGAAAUCGUCGGCCGGUAAGAUCAUAUGAUCACUUUUAUGCAGUUGAUAUUUAUUUUGUUAUUAUGACAAACUAGCCUGAGUGCCAGUCCCGUUCGUGCUAUCAUGCCAACUCCUUGUCACUGAUUAUCAUGUCAUGUUUAGAUUGAAAAUGACAGCAAUGGAGUUGGCAAGAGCACAAACAGAUCUGGGACCAAGUUAAUGAUAAACCCUGACCAACAAUUGCUCUCCAUCCAGGCACUGCAGCUGACCCUGUGCCUGUGUGUGUGUACAGUUGAAGUAGGAAGUUUACAUACAACUUAGCCAAAUACAUUUAAAUUUAGUUCUUCACAAUUCCUGACAUUUAAUCCUAGUAAAAAUUCCCUGUCUUAGGUCAGUUAGGAUCACCACUUUAUUUUAAGAAUGUGAAAUGUCAGAAUAAUAGUAGAGAGAAUUACUUAUAUCUCUUUCAUCACAUUCCCAGUGGGUCAGAAGUUUACAUACACUCAAUAAGUAUUUGGUAGCAUUGCCUUUAAAUUGUUUAACUUGGGUCAAACGUUUCGGGUAGCCUUCCACAAUAAGUUGGGUGAAUUUUGUCCCAUUCCCCCUGACAGAGCUGGUGUAACUGAGUCAGGUUUGUAGGCCUCCUUGCUCGCACACACUUUUUCAGUUCUGCCCACAAAUGUUCUAUAGGAUUGAGGUCUGGGCUUUGUGAUGGCCACUCCAAUACCUUGACUUUGUUGUCCUUAAGCCAUUUUGCCACAACUUUGGAAGUAUGCUUGGGGUCAUUGUCCAUUUGGAAGACCCAUUUGCGACCAAGCUUUAACUUCCUGACUGAUGUCUUGAGAUGUUGCUUCAAUAUAUCCACAUAAUUUUUCUUCCUCAUGAUGCCAUCUAUUUUGUGAAGUGCACCAGUCCCUCCUGCAGCAAAGCAUCCCCACAGCAUGAUUCUGCCACCCCCAUGCUUCACGGUUGGGAUGGUGUUCUUUGGCUUGCAAGCAGCCCCCUUUUUCCUCCAAACAUAACGAUGGUCAUUAUGGCCAAACAGUUUUAUUUUUGUUUUAUCAGACCAGGGGACAUUUCUCCAAAAAGUAAGAUCUUUGUCCCCAUGUGCAGUUGCAAACCGUAGUCUGGCUUUUUUAUAGCGGUUUUGGAGCAGUGACUUCUUCCUUGCUGAGUGUGGCCUUUCAGGUUAUGUCGAUAUAGUACUUGUUUUACUGUGGAUAUAGAUACUUUUGUACCUGUUUCCUCCAGCAUCUUCACAAGGUCCUUUGCUGUUGUUCUGGGAUUGAUUUGCAUCUCUAGGAGACAGAACACGUCUCCUUCCUGAGCGGUAUGACGGCUCCGUGGUCCCAUGGUGUUUAUACUUGCGUACUAUUGUUUGUACAGAUGAACGUGGUACCUUCAGGCGUUUGGAAAUUGCUCCCAAGGAUGAACCAGACUUGUGGAGGUCUACAAUUUUUUUUCUGAGGUCUUGGCUGAUUUCUUUAGAUUUUCCCAUGAUGUCAAGCAAAGAGGCACUGAGUUUCAAGGUAGGCCUUGAAAUACAUCCACAGGUACACCUCCGAUUGACUCAAAUUAUGUCAAUUAGCCUAUCAGAAGCUUCUAAAGCCAUGACAUAAUUUUCUGGAAUUUUGCAAGCUGUUUAAAGGCACAGUCAACUUAGUGUAUGUAAACUUCUGACCCACUGGAAUUGUCAUCCAGUGAAUUAUAAGUGAAAUAAUCUGUCUGUAAACAAUUGUUGGAAAAAUUACUGGUGUCAUGCACAAAGUAGAUGUCCUAACCGACUUGCCAAAACUAUAGUUUGUUAACAAGAAAUGUGUGGAGUGGUUGAAAAACAAGUUUUAAUGACUCCAACCUAAGUGUAUGUAUACUUCCGACUUCAACUGUAUCUGGGGGUGUUGGGAAAAUGCCGUUCAAAAUUUCCGUUAUAACCAAUGGACAAUAACGUAUUCUAUUCUAAUAAUGUUCCACUAUGACACUGACAGGCACCCGUUCUCCGGUCGGGAAGUCCCCAUCUCGAAUGGUUCUGGGUUCAUCAUCAGCAGUGAUGGGCUCAUAGUCACCAAUGCCCAUGUAGUGGCCAAUAAGAGAGGAGUCCGGGUCAAGCUAACCAAUGGGGAGACGUAUAACGCCACUGUUCAAGACGUUGAUCAGGUGGCGGACAUAGCCACUAUAAAAAUAAAUGCCCAGGUAAGAUAAGGUUAUGAUUGAGACGUGACACCCUCUCCCUACUCUCUCUGUCUCUCCUCUCUGUAGUACCCUCUCUACUCUCGCUCGCUCUGUCUGUCUCCUCUCUGUAGCACCCUCUCCCCCUCUCUCCUCUCUGUAGCACCCGCUCUCCUCUCUGGAGCACCCUCUCUCCUCUCUGUAGCACCCUCUCUCCGUCUCUCCUCUCUGUAGCACCCUCUCUCCUCUCUGUAGCACCCUCUCUCGCCUCUCUGUAGCACCCUCUCUCCUCUCUGUAGCACCCUCUCUCCUCUCUGUAGCACCCUCUCUCCGUCUCUCCUCUCUGUAGCACCCUCUCUCCUCUCUGUAGCACCCUCUCUCCUCUCUCCUCUCUGUAGCACCCUCUCUCGCCUCUCUGUAGCACCCUCUCUCUCCUCUCUGUAGCACCCCCUCUCCUCUCUGUAGCAUCCUCUCUCCUCUCUGUAGCACCCUCUCCCCUCUCUGUAGCACCCUCUCCCCUCUCUGUAGCUCCGUCUCUCCUCUCUGUAGCACCCUCUCUCCUCUCUCCUCUCUGUAGCACCCUCUCUCUCUCUUCUGUAGCACCCUCUCCUCUCUCUCUCCUCUCUGUAGACACCCUCUCUCGCCUCUCUGUAGCACCCUUCUCUCCUCUCUUAGCACCCCCUCCUCUUGUAGCAUCCCUCUCCUCUCCUCUCUGUAGCACCUCCUCUCCUCUGAGCACCUCUCUCCUCUCUCCUCUCUGUAGCACCCUCUCUCCUCUCUGUAGCACCCUCUCCCUCUCUCCUCUCUGUAGCACCCUUCUCUCCUCUCUGUAGCACCCUCUCCGUCUCUCCUCUCUGUAGCACCCUCUCCCUCUCUCCUCUCUGUAGCACCCUCUCCGUCUCUCCUCUCUGUAGCACCGUCUCCCUCUCUCCUCUCUGUAGCACCGUCUCCCUCUCUCCUCUCUGUAGCACCCUCUCCGUCUCUCCUCUCUGUAGCACCGUCUCCCUCUCUCCUCUCUGUAGCACCCUCUCCGUCUCUCCUCUCUGUAGCACCCUCUCCCUCUCUCCUCUCUGUAGCACCCUCUCCCCUCUCUGUAGCACCCUCUCCGUCUCUCCUCUCUGUAGCACCCUCUCUCCUCUCUGUAGCACCCUCUCUCCUCUCUGUAGCACCUCUCUCCCUCUCUGUAACCUUCCCCCUGUAGCACCCUCUCCGUCUCUCCUCUCUGUAGCACCCUCUCCGUCCUCUCCUCUCUGUAGCACCCCUCCUCUCCUCUCUGUAGCACCCUCUCCCGUCUCUCUCUCUCUCUGUAGCACCCUCCCUCUCUCCUCUCUGUAGCCCCUCCUCGUCUCUCUCUCUGUAGCACCCUCUCUCUCCUCUCUGUAGCACCCUCUCCUCUUCCUCUCUGUAGCAUCCCUCUCGUCUCUCCUCCUCUCUGUAGCACCCUCCUCUCCUCUCUGUAGCACCCUCUCCGUCUCUCCUCUCUGUAGCACCCUCUCUCUUCCUCCUCUGUAGCACCCUCUCCGUCUCUCCUCUCUGUAGCACCCUCUCCGUCUCUCCUCUCUGUAGCACCCUCUCCGCUUCCCUCUGUGCACCCUCUCCGCUCUCUUAACCUCUCUCUCCUGUAGCACCUCUCUCCUCUUACACCUCUCUCCUCUCUGUAGCACCGUCUCCUCUUCUCUCUGUAGCACCCUCUCCUCUCUCCUCUCUGUAGCACCCUCUCUCUCUCCUCUCUUGUAGCACCCUCUCCGUCUCUCCUCUCUGUAGCACCCUCUCCUCUUCCUCUCUGUAGCACCUCUCUCCCUCUCCCUCUCUGUAGCACCCUCUCUCCGUCUCUUCACUCUCCUCUCCCCGUAGCACCCUCUCCGUCUCCUCUCUGUAGCACCUCUCCUCUCCUCUCUGUAGCACCUCUCUCCUCUUAUCUCCCUCCUCUGUAGCACCCCUCCUCUCUUUACCUCUCUUCACCUCUCUGUAGCACCUCUCUCCUCUCUGUAGCACCCUCUCCGUCUCUCCUCUCUGUAGCACCCUCUCCGUCUCUCCUCUCUGUAGCACCCUCUCCGUCUCUCCUCUCUGUAGCACCCUCUCUCCUCUCUCUCUGUAGCACCCUCUCUCUCCUCUCUGUAGCACCCCCUCCUCUCGUAGACCCUCUCUCCUCUGUAGCACCCUCUCCUCUCUCCUCUCUGUAGCACCCUCUCUCCUCUCUGUAGCACCUCUCCCUCUCUCCUCUCUGUAGCACCCUCUCUCCUCUCUGUAGCACCCUCUCCCUCUCUCCUCUCUGUAGCACCCUCUCUCCUCUCUGUAGCACCCUCUCCCUCCUGUAGCACCUCUCUUCUUGUAGCACCUCUCCUCUCUGUAGCACCUCUCCCUCUCCUCUCUGUAGACCUUCGUCUCUCCUCUCUGUAGCACCCUCUCCCUACUCUCCUCUCUUGUAGCACCUCUCUCCUCUUCCUUCUGUAGACCUCUCUCCUCCUGUAGCACCUCCUUCAUCUCUGUAGCACUUCCUCUCUCUCGUAGCACACCUCUCUCCUCUGUAGCACCCUCUGCUUCUCUCGUGCACCGUUCCCUUCAAUCCUGUAGACCUCUCUCCUUGUAGCACCUCUCCCUCUUCAUCUCAGUAACCCUAUCCUCUGUAGCAUCCGUCUACCUCUGUAGAACGCUCCUACCCUCGUAGACGCAUUCGUACCCAACUGCUGUAGCAACGCUCCUCUAACUCGUAGCACCUUCUCUCCUCUGUAGCAUCUACCCUACCUCUGUAGCAUUCGAGACCUCCUGUCUUCUCCUACUUGUAGCACCUUUCCUUGUGCACUCCGUCUUCCUCUCUGUAGCACUUCCUCUAUCUGUAGACUCUCUCUCGUAGCACCUACCCUUAACUGUGACCAUUCUCCCGACCCUCUCUCUGGGGGCUGUCGUCGGAUGUGCGUCAGGGGGAGUUUGUGGUUGCCAUGGGCAGCCCGUUCGCCCUGAGGAACACCAUCACGUCAGGUAUUGUCUCCUCAGUCCAGCGGGGCAGCAAGGAGCUGGGUCUGUCCAAACCCAACAUGGACUAUAUCCAGACAGACGCUGCCAUCGAUGUGAGUACCCUGGUCUAUUUACAGUAACCCUAACCUGCUAGUAAAGCAUUGACAGUAACCCUAACCUGCUAGUAAAGCAUUGACAGUAACCCUAACCUGCUAGUAAAGCAUUGACAGUAACCCUAACCUGCUAGUAAAGCAUUGACAGUAACCCUAACCUGCUAGUAAAGCAUUGACAGUAACCCUAACCUGCUAGUAAAGCAUUUGACAGUAACCCUAACCUGCUAGUAAAGCAUUGACAGUAACCCUAACCUGCUAGUAAAGCAUUGACAGUAACCCUAACCUGCUAGUAAAGCAUUGACAGUAACCCUAACCUGCUAGUAAAGCAUUGACAGUAAGCCUAACCUGAUAGUAAAGCAUUGACAGUAAGCCUGAUAGUAAAGCAUUGUGGUCCACUGCCGUCGAUGUAACUCCACUGGUCUGGUCAUGGAUGUGAGCUAAUCGGCAGUAGUAAUUUAGUAGACACUCUUGUCCAGAGAAACGUACAAUCGGUGUGUUCAGCUUGUAAGGAACCAUUAGUAUGAACAACCACAUAUCACAAGCCGCUAUCUGCUAAAUCAGUGCUAGUACGAGUAAAGCGUUUUGUUCUCCAAAUGUGUGAAUCAAAUUGUAUUUGUCACAUGCGCCGAAUACAACAGGUGUAGACCUUACAGUGAAAUGCUUACUUACAAGCCCUUAACCAACAAUGCAGUUUUAAUAAAAAAUAAAAAAUAAAAGUAACAAAUAAUUAAAGAGCAGCAGUAAAAAUAACAGUAGCGAGGCUAUAUACAGGGGGUACCAGUACAGAGUCAAUGUGCGGGGGCACCGGUUAGUCAAGGUAAUUGAGGUCAUAUGUACAUGUAGGUAGAGUUAAAGUGACUAUGCAUAGAUAAUAAUCAGAGAGUAGCAGCAGCGUAAAAGAGGGGGUGUGGGGGCAAUGCAAAUAGUCCGGGUAGCCAUUUGAUUAGCUUAUGGCUUGGGGGUAGAAGCUGUUAAGAAGCCUCUUGGACCUAGACUUGGCGCUCCGGUACCGCUUGCCGUGCGGUAGCAGAGAGAACAGUCUAUGACUAGGGUGGCUGGAGUCUUUGACCAUUUUUAGGGCCUUCCUCUGACACCGUGAUCAAUAAUGCGUCUGGCUUGUUCUGUCUUGCAGUUUGGGAAUUCUGGAGGGCCUCUGAUUAAUCUGGAUGGUGAGGUGAUCGGCAUCAACACCAUGAAGGUGACGGCAGGGAUCUCCUUCGCGAUCCCCUCAGAUCACGUCAAACACUUCCUGAACCAAGCCUCCGACAAGAAGAGUGAGUUACUUUACCGUGCCUGGUCCCAGAUCUGUUUGUGCUGUCCUGACAAUUCCUAUGUUGGCUCCUAUGGUCAUGGUGUGACUAUAGGACAAGGCCAGACACCACCAACAGAUCUGAGACCAGGCUAAUAGGACCAUAGACCCUUGCAGUUAUUUGUACUUCUUGGAAGUGUUGGUUUUUGUGAUUCUCUCCUAGAGUCUCGGUUGGGGGAGUUGGACACCAAGCGGAGAUACAUCGGCGUCAUGAUGCUGACCCUGACUCCAAGGUAAAGGUCAUAUGACAGCAGGAAAGCUAUCACCUACCUGGGGUAAUGGAGGAAUGACAGUGGAGGAUUUAGUCAUAGUUGAAUGUCUAUUCUGUUGCAGUAUCAUUGCCGAGUUGAAGCUGAGGGAUUCCUCCUUCCCUGACGUCACUCACGGGAUCAUGAUCCACCGGGUCAUCAUGGGCUCUCCAGCCAAUAGGUGAGCACAGUGUUGUAACGUCUAUGGGCUCUCCAGCCAAUAGGUGAGCACCAUGUUGUAACGUCUAUGGGCUCUCCAGCCAAUAGGUGAGCACCAUGUUGUAACGUCUAUGGGCUCUCCAGCCAACAGGUGAGCACCAUGUUGUAACGUCUAUGGGCUCUCCAGCCAAUAGGUGAACACCGUGUUGUAAUGUCUAUGGGCUCUCCAACCAAUAGGCGAGCACUGUGUAAUGUCCAUAUAAGGUCUCCAUAUUCAAUUACAAUCCCAGGGCAGGUAUGAAGCUAGGUGACAGUGUCGUUAUAACCCUCCACAGGGCAGGUAUGAAGCUAGGUGACAGUGUCGUUAUAACCCUCCACAGGGCAGGUAUGAAGCUAGGUGACAGUGUCGUUAUAACCCUCCACAGGGCAGGUAUGAAGCUAGGUGACAGUGUCGUUAUAACCCUCCACAGGGCAGGUAUGAAGCUAGGUGACAGUGUUGUUAUAACCCUCCACAGGGCAGGUAUGAAGCUAGGUGACAGUGUUGUUAUAACCCUCCACAGGGCAGGUAUGAAGCUAGGUGACAGUGUCGUUAUAACCCUCCACAGGGCAGGUAUGAAGCUAGGUGACAGUGUCGUUAUAACCCUCCACAGGGCAGGUAUGAAGCUAGGUGACAGUGUCGUUAUAACCCUCCACAGGGCAGGUAUGAAGCUAGGUGACAGUGUCGUUAUAACCCUCCACAGGGCAGGUAUGAAGCUAGGUGACAGUGUCGUUAUAACCCUCCACAGGGCAGGUAUGAAGCUAGGUGACAGUGUCGUUAUAACCCUCCACAGGGCAGGUAUGAAGCUAGGUGACAGUGUCGUUAUAACCCUCCACAGGGCAGGUAUGAAGCCAGGUGACAUAGUGCUGGAGAUCAACGGCACCAAGGUGAACACGUCGGAGGAGAUCUACAACGCCGUGAGGACCAGCGACAGCAUCACCAUGGUGAUCAGGAGGGGUCAGGACCUACUCAGGCUACACAUGACCCCAGAGUUCACAGAGUGAUGUCAUCAAACGUUGCCGGUUAGUGGAGCCACAUGAUAUACAGGUAGUGUACGAAGAAGAGGACAGCUGGGACACUGAAGAGGACAGGGAUACUGAAUGAUCACACCCACAACAUGCGUAGAGACAGACUAUCACAUCACUGUCUGUGUGGUUCUACACAUGAGAUAAACCACUGGUUUACUGGAUGUUGGGAUAGAAGUAAUGUGAGAUAUAAGAUGGGCUAUUAACACAGAGUUCGACAUAGCAGCCAACUUUAAAGGCGAGUCCAGACUGACUGAUAUACAAAUCACCUUGUAUCAUAAAUAACUACUCAAUAUUA